AGAAAGAAGUGACAACAUCCAGUUUCCUGUUCAGCGUUUCUCCAUUGCCUGCGAUAGUGUCAGCUCAUCAUCAUUCUAGCAUUAGUCUAGUCUAGCUCAGCUUGGCUUUGGGUAGACUACGGUAUCUAUGCGCCAACUGGAAUGCCUGGAGGAGAAGCGUGUGACAGUAGACGAAGUAUUGGACCAUGCGAUUGCAAGAGUUUGUCUCUGCAGUUCGAAGUGGGGAGUUCAUGGCGUUGUCUUUGAGUUGACCAGUGGCAGACGAACGGGGUGUUUGUUGGACGAGAACGAGAUUCCUGUGGUGCUGACGGAUCGAAAUAUCGGUACGAGUCCUUGGGUAUCCGUGGAGCAGCCGUAUGGAUUUCUGACCAAGGUCUCUGGAUACUGCCACAAUCAAGUCGGUUGUCUCUGUCAUUCCAUCCAACUUGAAUUUGCGUCUGGCCAAGUCAUAUCUACUACUAGUAGUACUGACAGCACCAACUUACAUGGACUAGUAUGCAGACAAGAAUUCCAAGGAGAAAGAUUCUUGACACCAAGGUUGCCCCAGAAUUUCUUAUUGAAUGAACUCGUCUUGGGAUUGGGAUUGUGCUUGGGGUAUACGGGAGUCAGUACCAGUAUAGACAUAGACAUCAGUCAGGUCCUUGGUUGGAUACCAGAAGAAUCCAUUCCUGUGGAAGACUGGUCCCAAGAUCCAUUAAGGGUGAGAAUCAUACCGGAUGAGGAACCCAAGAAAGAUAUCUCCAAAAUGAUUAUGAAAUCGAUUUGCCUGGCAGAUCCGCAGUGGCAGGUCGACGCCACUGUUGUUACAUUCUACCAUGGACGCAUACAAGGACCUUUGGUCGUACAUAAUAAUCGACCCUACCAGAUACCCAAAAUAAUAAUCGACAAACAGCGACACUGUCGACUACGAUCGAACCACUAUCACAAAAUUCAACAACCAGGAGGAUACCUCAUUCGAAUCAGUGGUUAUCAACUGAUACAAAAAGCACAACCACCAGAAUCAACACCAACACCACAACAACAAGUUGCCUUUCAUUCCUUACGUCUCGAAUUUGCUUCGGGGCAAAUCCUACAGUACCAACCACUUCUUUCCAACAAGACAGGACGAGGACACUACUUUUCGUACGAUAUUCCCGAUCCCAAGAAACUAUACGUCAAUCAACUCGUGUUUUGGGACGGAAAACUCAAGGCCAUUGGGGCUGUAAGAACCACACAACACACUCAACACACGCUCGUCAAUAAUGCCUUGACCAACAAUAAAUUAAAGUCAAAAUGGAAGAUCAACUCAAAAUUCCCUUGGAAAUAAGUGUAGUAAGCAUGGCGUGCGGACGGUAGUACAGGGAGGAAGACCUUGCAUUGAUGCCCGCUCAAAGUUGCUUAGUUGAGAGUGUGUUUGGGGUUUGAGGGAAUAUGAAACCAAACAAAGAGAAGCUGGAGAGGGGAAGAGGUGCACACAACACACAGAACGCCAACGUUUUUACAAAAAUACAUAGAAACCAAGCAACGAACGAGCAGCCACCGCCAUGAGUACUACCGGUACAUGUA